CCAAACGGUUAGGUUAUUCUUUAAAAAGCUUCCUCAAUCUGGUUAAAUAGUAGUGUUUGCACAGACUUCAAGGACUUCCUCUAUACUCUUAUGGAUUUAAAAUGAGUCCUUUUCGUUUAACAUUUGGGUUUGUGAGUUUGCUGGCCUUGGUGCAUCAUUGCUCAACGGCUUGCUAUCGUAUACCUCAAGCAGCUAAUGGAGAUCGUUCACCAGUCGAUGAGAAUUAUCAAAUCUUAAUUGAUGGCAAUCCAUCCACGUAUCAUCCAGGAAGGGUGUAUAAUAUCUCCCUUGCCUGUCCGGAAACAUUGAAAUUUAUGAGUUUCACUUUGCUGGUGGAAGCCGAAAAUCCAGAAAUGAAUAGUCGCAGCGAGUUAUUGGGAAAAUUUGAAAUUAUCAAUUCGGCUGAGACGAAAUUCAGUAACCUUUGUGAGAAUAUGAUUGAGAGUAGCAAUACAAAUCUCAAGCAUCGCAUUAGUGUAUCCUGGGUGGCGCCCGAUCAUGGAGACAGUGAUUGUGUGCUCUUCAAGGCAGCCGUAUUGCAGCAGCGAACUGUAUGGUUUAUGGAUGAUGGCUAUUUAACGAAGAAGUUGUGUCGCGAACAUGUCGAUGAGAUACAGAGUCAACUGCCACCAGUGGAUCCAUGCUGCGCUUGUGAUGAAGCUAAAUAUGAGAUUGUUUUGGAACGAAACUGGACCAGGAAUACCCAUCCCAAAGAUUUCCCUUUCGAGGCUUGGCGUACUAGUUUUGGCACCAUGAUUGGUGCCUCACAUAGUGUGGAUUAUACAUUCUGGAGUUAUGGUUCUGCAGCCAGCCAGGGCUUAAGAGAGUUGGCCGAACAUGGUUCCAGCUCAUCGCUUGAAAUGGAAAUAAAAAAUCAUACAGAGAGUGGCAGCAUUCGGACUAUCAUCAAAGCUCCUGGUAUCAAAUACCGAUCCAAUUUCCAAGGCAAGACCUUAGCUACAGUGCGUGUUGGACCCAAACAUCAUAUGAUAUCGUUAGUUUCGAAAAUAAAUCCCUCACCCGAUUGGAUAUUGGGUGUGGCUUCUAUGGAACUAUGCACGGAAAACUGCCGCUGGAUUGAAGGCAAAGUCCUUAAUUUAUAUCCCUGGGAUGUGGGAACAGAUUCGGGAGCGUCAUAUAUGUCCCCCGAUCAACCCCAAAUACCACCGGAUGUAGUGAGACGUAUAACCUCCUCAUUUCCCAGUGAUGAUCAUUCGCCAUUCUAUGACAAAACGGGUGCUCCCAUGAAACCUUUGGGAACUUUGCGUGUAACUAGAAAACGCACCUAUGGCCGAUGCUUUGAUGAAGAUUCCCAAAACGAGUUACCCCUAGAGUGUGACACUCAUCCCUGGACGGAGUGGAGUGAAUGCAAUGUAAAAUGUGGCCCCGGAACCCAAUAUCGCCUCAGAGAUUACAAAGAUCCCGAGGUGGCCAAGAAAAAGAAUUGCCAAGAACCUCUAAGGCAAAAUCAAGAAUGCAAUGGCCCUUGUUCUGAUACCGUUGCUGCUAUAGCUCCGCCUUUCGUACCGUCUUUCGUUCCGUCUUUGGGACCACAACCCACAACACGUUAUGGCGGUGCUGAAUGUGAGCUAAGCCAAUGGUCGGCAUUUUCUGAAUGUUCCAACAGAUGUGGGGCAGGUGUUAAAACAAAGACCAGAAACUAUGUGAAUCCCUAUAACCGAGAGAAAUGUCAGAGCGCUGGUCUGCCCUAUGAACUGACCCACACCGAACCCUGUGAAGGCACCUACUGUGGGGGUAAUAUUCCAGGUUCCCCCUAUGGCAGAAGAACAAACGAUCGUAAUAUGUAUGGCGGUACGUCCUCUGACUAUGACGAGGACCAAAAUCGCUAUAAUCCCUCGGGCAAUGUUGGAACUGAGGAUGAAGACUAUGAUGGCCUUAUGGGAUCCAUUGAUGAGUCGGACAUGAGAUCCCAAAUAGCAAGACCCACAGCUGCUCGCUAUGACGAUUUCGGUAGAAACAUCUAUGAGAGUCCCACUCAUAUUUAUGGCAGUGAACGAUUGAGGGGAGGACCUCCCGGCGAUGGGAGCCAGUUUGUAGCAGGAGAUUUGGAAGCCAACUACAAUGACAAUUCCCGCAAGCGUAAAAUGAAAAUGAAUCCGCAGAGUACACGCAAUCCAAAUAGAUAUACCACCAAACCCAGUCUGAGACAAAAUCCUACACCACGCAACUCUUUGCGAGGUUUCAGUCGCACUACUCCCAGAAGUUUCCCAGAGCCAUAUAAAUUUUCCACAUUUGAAAACUCAAAUCCCUUUAACAUCAGAACCAUUGAAGAUGAUACCUUGAAUAUGGCUGGCGAAAAAAGUUUCUGCCUUGAAAGGCCUUCGCCCUCAUACGAACCUUGCACAAAACCGAGGGUCUUUCUUAAGAAUUAUUGGUUCUAUGAUGCCUUGGAUAUGCAAUGCAAACUUUUUACCUCGGAUAAUUGCGAUGAAAAUCGAAAUAAAUUCUUACGCCUAGAAGAAUGCGAGGAGCAGUGUGAAGGAGUAAGUCAACAGGGGGGAGCAGAUUUCAACAAUCCCGAAGGAUUUAAUGAUGGCGUAAGACCUGACCCUGCCAAUGCAGGAGCCUACGGCAAUAGGGGAAGUUAUGAUGCUGGAGGGAGCUUGGCAAGCCAAAAGCGUUUUGGAAAACAAAACAAUAGAUAUUAAGAAAGAUGGGUGAAGUAAUUUUUUUUACACAGAAAACUAUUUUUCGAAUAAAGUAAAGUAAAGAA